UCACGCACGUCAAGUCGUCAAAUCACGCAUCGGGAGCGUGCGUGUUUGUUGCUUUUUAUUAAAAUAAAUUUUAGUGAGUGCAGUGUUACCUCAGUUCCGUCGUGUAGUUUCUCUCAGUUUCAUUCCGUUGCAAAUAUUACAUUUUUAGUUAAACACUUUUUAAAUUAAACCGGUAAUUCUUAAAAUGAGUGCCUUAAAGAAUGCAGUAUCUUUAGCUGUAAACCAUGGCAAAAUUGGGCUGAGAAGUAAUGGAAAGACGUCGUUCCGGCCGCUGUUAUCAUGCGCCCCCGUGGCUAUGGUUGCGCUGGACCGCAACGCGCAUACGCAGGACAUCACCAAGAAUAUACAGUACAUCAGCAACGACAAGAUCAAGCUCAAAGCAGAUCCGGCUACCAUGAAGCUGGACAAACCCAUCGAGAGACCUCUGUGUAUAAUGAUUAACUGGCUCCUGGCGAGACAGAAGCACGUGAUGAAAUACGCCACGCUGUACUUGGAGCAAGGGUUCGACGUGGUCUCCGUAGCCUGCACGCCAUGGCAGCUCAUGUGGCCAGUCAAAGGAACCCAGUUGGUGGCUGGAGAUCUGAUUAAGUUCAUGGCUAUGAACGACAAUGAGCACCCGUUGGUUGUGCAUGGCUUCUCUGUCGGAGGAUACAUGUGGGGGGAAGUCUGCGCCCACGUCAUGAAGAAUAAGGAACAAUACCAACCAGUAAUGGACAGAGUAGUGGCCCAGGUUUGGGACUCGGCAGCGGACAUCAGUGAGAUCACCAUCGGUGUUCCUGCAGCUGUCUUCCCCAAGAACCAGAUCAUGCAGAAGACACUACGAGCAUACAUGGAAUACCACAUGAAGACGUUCCACGAAGCCGCCACGUCCCACUACAUCAGAUCCUCGCAGCUGUUCCACACGAACCUGUGCCACGCGCCCGCCCUCUUCCUACUCUCUCGCAGCGAUCCCGUCGGAGCUGAGCGCAGCAAUCGCAGCGUGCACGACAGCUGGGUCAAAAUGGGAAUGAAGUGCACCUGGAAGUGCUGGGACCGGUCACCCCACGUCCAGCACUACACGAAGCACCCCAAAGAGUACGUGGCGGCCCUCUACGCUCACCUCGACGCCUACGGACUCGUCUCCCAACCAGACAAGAUGCGCAUGAGGUUAUAAACACUAACUCCUACUCAACGAGACAUUUGCAACCUUAUAACAAUACUACUAAGCUCUAUUCAGUUUGGCAGUCAGCUUUAUUGAUUGUCAAUUAAAAAUCAAAUUUCAAUGCAAUUUGUUAAAGUACAUUUUUGUUUGACACUGAUGUUACUUUUUGUUAGUCUCUAGCAUCUUGGCUGUUAUUGUAGUGUUUUAGUUUUAGCGAGAAGUAAUUUCAGUGGUAUUUAAAAAAAAAGUUGUAUUGUAUGGGUCUCGUUGUUUAAUUUAGUUAGUUGGGUCCGUUUCUAUUGAAUAGUUUGUGGUUGUAGAUUUGUGGUGUAAGCAGAGGUGUUAGAAUUUUGGCACUUUAUAACUUUAUGUCUUAAAACUGUAAUUUUUAACUGCGAUCUCCUAGCGGCUUGCCAAGUUUAAGGAUUUAGCUUUCUCUUAAAAGCGGCUUACGUUCAGUAGUGGAUGUAGUCGCCUUUAACGAAUUCGAGAUCUGCUUUAGUUCCCGGGGCAACAAAAGUAGAUUUUAAUUUUUAUCGUCUGACAACAGUAAUAAAGUCUAUUUGAAAUUAUGAUUUUGGAGAAAAAUCGUUAAAAGUCUAACACAACUGCUUACACCACAACGGAUAAGACUUAGUUGCCUUGAAAAUGACCGUAACGUCAUUAAAUCUCUAUUAAACCUGAUUCGACAAUAAUUGGCUAAUUUAUACGUUUACAAAAUCACCUCUAUGACUUAACACAUAAGACACAAUUUCUCAUAAAAUCUGUUAGAAGUUUAAGAUCACUUUUCUGUAAUACUAAAUAGGUAUCCUUAAAAAGAACUUUAUGUACGUUGACAUAGUGUGGAUUUUACUUUAACUCAUAUUUAUAAUCAAAUUUGUUCUUACAAAAGUUGUAUUUGGUUAUUAAUUAGAACUUUAGAACAUUGUUUGAAAUAUGUUGAGAAAUAUUUUUGUAAAAUAUUGGAUGUUUUUGACAGGGACCAAAAAUUCGGUGCUGAUAACAUUUGAGUUUGUGGCCCAUGCUUAGAAAUAGGCUCUCAAUAUUAUUAUCACAUAAAUUGAGUAGCUCUUUGACUAUCGGUGUAUAAACCCCUACUAACUCAAGUGUGAGAAAUCAUGCUUAGUUUUAUAUUGUAUCCAACUUAAACAUUUCAAAAUAUUUCAAAUCGCCUUGAGCAAGUCUGGUGAUUAAUGCUCAACCCUUCUCUAUGUGAGAAGAGGCCUUUGCUCACUAGUGAACCCUUUUAAUGGCUGGCAAUGAUGGUGAUGAUAAUAAACUCUUCAAAUACCUUCGUCUUGUUUCCUCAUCGAAUGUUUACUAAGGGAAUGAAAGAGACAAAACAUUUCUAUCACGAAAUCUAACAUUUAAACGCUUAACACUCGUUAAGCAUUUCUUUGUUUUAUUUUUCGUCUUUAAUUUGAUUUGUUUUUAAACAUUUGUAAUGUUUUACGAUCGAGACAUAUUGAAAGCGAAACCAAGCUUUUACGAUGCUUAUAUUGUAACUUUCGUAAUACUUACUAAAUUAAUUAUUAUGUUUUUCUAUUCACAUAAUUGUUUGACGAGGAACUCGACUGGUUUCAUUUCAUAUUCAUGAGCAGCGUUCUAGCAUGGCUUGAAACUAAUCGACUUGCUCGUCAAACAUUUACGUGCGUAAGCCUGAAAAACAUAAUAAUUAAGCUAUUACGAUUUUUAAGUUCAUAACAUAAGUGGUGGAAAGUGCGAGUGUUGCAUUACCCAUGGUUACUCUUUUGUUAUCUUAUAAACUUCAGUAAUGACUAUGAAGUUGAAACUUAGCAUUGUUUGUUCCUUGGAGAGUGGUAGGGGAGUACUUAGGAAGGAUUUUCCUAACUUCCUAAAAGAACGGUAAACACCUAUUUGUGCGUACGAAGUCGCUAGUGUUAUAGGAAUUCUUAGUAUUUUACACUGAAUUUAGAAUCAUGUCUAACUUCCCUAUGUAGUGACUUAUUAUUUUCUUAUUUAAAAACUGAUAUUCGCUAUUACUCUACUGUCAUACUCGACCAAUGCAAACGUGUUUUGGAAGGGGGAGGGGGGCAAUCAUCCAAUGCCUUCUCCCGCCUUAGGCGAGACGAGAGGAAGUAUCAGACUCUUACUGACUAAAAACCACCCCGUUCCUACUUCUGUUUUUCGAGCCGGAGCUCCGGUAACCCGCUAGGUAGUCCACAGAUCAAUUGCAAACGUAGCAUCAAAAGUUAAUAUAUAAUGUUUAUCAUAUUUUUAGUUCCUAAACAUCUUACUGGAGUAAAAUUAUCUAGAAAAUUGUGGAUCAGGGCCUAAGUAUUAAAUCAAUGAAUUUAUCAUGUUUAGUUUUAAGAUUUUUAUAUUAUAUUAUAGAUAUAGAUAAUUAUAGUAUAAGAAUAUGCACUGUAGUCUCUAGCUUAAUGUAAAAGAUGAAAUACACUUUCAUAAAAAUCUUUA